ACACGUAAUGCCUGUGGGGGUGUCCACAGCAGCUGUGACACUUGCACUCACCACCACCUUCCUAGCUUCUGGGUUUCAGUUUCUCGCUUGCCCUCCCUCUAAACUUGGCUGCAUGGAAAGAGUCUGGGGCAGUGUCACCGCCUGAGCUGCGGCCCCUGGCAGCCCUCGGCCAUUCCCUGGGAGCCUGUGGACGCCACCUGAGAUGUCUCCUUUUGGUUGCUCGGGCCUGCUUGUGGCCGUCCUCGCCCUGCUCUGCUGCCCAGGGUCUGGUGAGGAGACGUUCGAAGUGCGCAUGUGGCCAGAGAGGCUGGUGGUCGAGCCCAGGGGGUCCUGGGAAGUCAACUGCAGCACUAGCUGCACCCAGCCGGAGAUGGGGGGCCUGGAGACCACCCUGACCAAGACCCUGCUGGACUCGCAGCCCCAGUGGAAGCGGUACUUGAUCUCCAACGUCUCCGAGGACACGGACCUCCAAUGCUACUUUCUUUGUGCCGGGAAGCAUCAGUCAAAGCAUCUCAGCAUCAUCGUGUACCAACCUCCAGAGCAGGUUGUGCUGAAGCUGCAGCCCACGUGGGUGGCCGUGGGCAAUUCCUUCACCAUUGAGUGCAGGGUGCCUGCUGUGGAGCCCCUGGAGAGCCUCACCCUCAUCCUGCUCCAUGGCAACAAGACCCUGCACAACCAGACCUUUGAGGGAAGAGCAGCUGUGCCCCAGGAGGCCACGGCCACACUCAGCAGCACAGCUCACCUGGAGGACAGGAAGCACAAUUUCUCCUGCCUGGCCCAGCUGGACUUGCGGUCUCGCGGCGGGGGCGUCUUUCACUGGGUCUCAGAGCCCCAGAUGCUGGAGAUCUAUGAGCCCAUGCCGGACAACCAGAUGGUCAUCAUCAUCACGGUCGUGUCGGUCCUGCUCUUCUUGUUCGUGACAUCCGUCCUGCUCUGCUUUGUCUUUGGUCAGCACUGGCGCCAGAGGCGCACAGGCACCUAUGGGGUGCGAGCUGCUUGGAGAAGGCUGCCCCGGGCCUUCCGGGCACAGCCUGCAUGAGCAGCGCAAGGCCCUGCUGUGGCACCACUGGAACUCAGGGGCCAUCCUCGGGGAGGUGGAAGGACUGUGACCAGCAGCAAAAGACUUGGGGAAACUCCCUUUUCUAACCUGAAUACAAACACCUGGACUCAA